AUGGAUCCGGGCUGGGGGCAGCAGGACGUGGGCUGGGCGGCCCUGCUGAUCCUCUUCGCCGCCUCGCUGCUCACGGUGUUUGGCUGGCUGCUACAGUAUGCCCGGGGCUUGUGGCUGGCACGGGCCCGCGGGGGCCGGGGGCCGGGACCCGCCUUAGCUGCCGAGCCCGCGGGCUCCCUUCGAGAGCUGGGCGUGUGGCGCUCGCUGCUGCGGCUGCGGCCGACUCGGGCUGGUGCCCCCGAGGAGCCAGGCGUCCGGGGCCUCCUGGCGUCGCUCUUCGCCUUCAAGUCUUUCCGAGAGAACUGGCAACGGGCUUGGGUGCGAGCGCUGAACGAGCAGGCCUGCAGGGACGGGAGUUCCAUCCAAAUCGCCUUUGAGGAGGUGCCCCAACUCCCACCCAGAGCCAGCAUUAGUCAUGUGACCUGCGUAGACCAAUCAGAGCGCACCAUGGUGCUGCAUUGCCAGCUCUCUGCUGAGGAGGUGAUGUUCCCAGUCUCCGUGACCCAGCAGUCCCCCGCUGCCGUCUCCAUGGAGACCUACCACGUCACUCUGACACUGCCACCAACACAGUUGGAAGUCAGCCUGGAGGAAAUCCCUGAUGAGGGGCUGCUUGUGUCCUGGGCCUUCACUGAUCGUCCAGAUCUCAGCCUGACGGUGCUUCCCAAGCUGCAGGCCAGGGAGAGAGGCGAGGAGCAAGUAGAUCUCUCCACCAUUGAGGAAUUGAUUGAGGAUGCCAUUGUCAGCACUCAGCCAGCCAUGAUGGUCAACCUCAGGGCUUGCUCUGCCCCUGGAGGCCUGGUAUCCAGUGAGAAGCCACCCACGGUGCCCCAGGCGCAGCCAGCCAUCUCCAGACCUAUCCGGUUAUUCCUACGGCAGCUUCGAGCAUCUCACCUGGGAGGUGAAUUGGAAGGCACUGGGGAGCUAUGCUGUGUAGCUGAGCUCGACAACCCUGCACAACAGAAGUGGACCAAGCCCGCAAGUGCCGGUCCCGACGUGGAGUGGACUGACGACCUGGCACUGGAUCUGGGCCCCCAGAGUCGGGAGCUGACCCUCAAAGUGCUGAGGAACAGCAGCUCUGGAGACACUGAACUCUUGGGCCAGGUCACGCUGCCUGUGGGCUCCCCUUCCAGACCGCUGUCCCGAAGACAGGUAUGCCCGCUCACCCUAGGGCCGGGGAAAGCCCUGGGACCAGCGGCCACCAUCGCAGUGGAGCUUCAGUAUGAGGAGGGCUCCCCCCGGAACCUAGGUACACCUGCUCCCUCCACUCCACGCCCCAGCAUCACUCCCACCAAGAAGAUCGAGCUGGACCGGACCAUCAUGCCUGAUGGCACCAUCGUGACCACAGUCACCACCGUCCAGUCCCGGCCUCGUGUAGAAGGGAAACUAGACUCCCCCUCCCGCUCCCCGUCCAAGGUGGAGGUGACCGAGAAGACUACGACUGUGCUGAGUGAGAGCAGCGGCCCCAGCAGUGCCUCCCACAGCAGCAGCCCAGGGGAGAGCCACCUUUCCAACGGCUUGGACCCUGUAGCAGAGACAGCGAUUCGCCAGCUGACGGAGCCCAGCGGGCGGGCAGCCAAAAAGACACCCACCAAGCGUAGCACUCUCAUCAUCUCUGGCGUUUCCAAGGUGCCCAUCGCUCAGGACGAGUUGGCACUGUCUCUGGGCUAUGCGGCAUCCCUGGAGGCCUCAAUGCAGGAUGAUGCGGGAACCAGUGGAGGUCCCUCCUCACCUCCCCCAGACCCACCGGCCAUGUCUCCAGGACCCCUAGAUCCCCUCUCCAGCCCCACGAGCGUCCAGGAAGCAGAUGAGACAACACGUUCGGACAUUUCUGAGAGGCCAUCUGUGGAUGAUGUUGAGUCAGAAACAGGGUCUACUGGCGCCCUGGAGACCCGCAGCCUCAAGGAUCACAAAGUGAGCUUCCUGCGCAGUGGCACGAAGCUUAUCUUCCGCCGGAGGCCUCGACAGAAGGAAGCUGGUCUGAGCCAAUCACACGACGACCUCUCCAACACGACGGCCACCCCCAGUGUCCGAAAGAAGGCUGGCAGCUUUUCUCGCCGCCUUAUCAAGCGCUUUUCCUUCAAAUCCAAACCCAAGGCCAAUGGCAACCCCAGCCCCCAGCUCUGA